AUGUCCUCUGCAAACAGUGUCGUUAAGUUUACCCAACCCGUCAGCAACCCAGACAGCCCUAUCAACGGAGAACCAGACUCUUCCAAUGGAGAACCAGACCCUUCCAAUGGAGAACCAGACCCUUCCAAUGGAGAACCAGACUCUUCCAAUGGAGAACCAGACCCUCCCAACGGAGAACCAGACUCUUCCAAUGGAGAACCAGACCCUCCCUACGGAGAACCAGACCCUCCCAGCGGAGAAACAGACUCUUCCAAUGGAGAACCAGACUCUUCCAAUGGAGAACCAGACCCUCCCAACGGAGAACCAGACCCUUCCAAUGGAGAACCAGACCCUCCCAACGGAGAACCAGACUCUUCCAAUGGAGAACCAGACUCUUCCAAUGGAGAACCAGACCCUCCCAACGGAGAACCAGACCCUUCCAAUGGAGAACCAGACCCUCCCAACGGAGAACCAGACUCUUCCAAUGGAGAACCAGACCCUCCCUACGGAGAACCAGACCCUCCCAACGGAGAACCAGACUCUUCCAACGGAGAACCAGACCCUUCCAAUGGAGAACCAGACCCUCCCAACGGAGAACCAGACUCUUCCAAUGGAGAACCAGACCCUCCCUACGGAGAACCAGACCCUCCCUACGGAGGCAAAGCGCCGUAA